AUGGAUUUCGUAUACGCGCACUACGAGAACCUUUUUGGAAUGCACCACGCUGCAGGAUGCCUGCCUUGGCAUCGAUGGCUUCUCGCGUUAUUUGAGCAGAGUCUGAGAGACGAAUGCGAGUAUGAAGGUUCGAUGCCUUAUUGGGAUUGGAGUUUGGAUUGGAACGAUCCGGGAAGAUCACCAGUGUUUGAUGAAACGUUUGGCUUUGGAGGUGAUGGGAACCCGACGCGGGAAUCUACAAUAUUGAAUGGGAGUUGUGUGACCACGGGGCCGUUUGCGAAUAUGAUGAUUCCGAAAUUUCCAGAGGCGAGUCCUGGUGAGGAACAUUGUUUGAGUAGGGAGUUUGGGUGGAAGCAUGGUGCUCAUGGAGAUAAGCUGAGAAAGGACUUUUUGCGAGGUGUGUUGCAAGAGGCAACGUUUUGGAAUUUCACGAGGGCGUUUGAGCGGGGGCCUCAUGAUACCAUACAUGGGUAUAUUGGUGGGGUUCUUCCGACCCUGACCUUAGUAGCAGAUUCCAUCUUUUAUCUUCACCAUGGUCAAAUCGAUAGAUUGUGGGCGAUAUGGCAGAAAGCUGCCCCCGGACACGGAACAGAUUACGCUGGUUAUUAUACAUUGAACACAGAUGCACCCGCAAGAAAAGACGAUAUUAUCCCUUCCAAAGAUCUUGCGAGGAAUGUGACGGUCGCUGACAUUUUAGAUAUUGAAGGAGAUAUACUCUGUUACCAAUAUGAUAGUUAUAACGUCUAA